ACAUCCGGGUUGCGGGAGCAGGUGCCUCCGGCCCCGCCCCCUCUCGCCAGGCUUUCGCCCCACUUCCGGCCGUCUCCGGCCUUUUCCGCCCGUAGCCUGCCGGCUUUAUCUCUGCGCUGUGGGUCGUUGGUGGCGCCGGGCCCUGGUCCCUUCGCACCGCUCGCCGGCGCCCGGCGGCUCGCCCCCCCCCCCCGUCCCGAAUCCCUCCGAGGCUCGGAGCGACUCUGCCGGGCGUCUUCGCGGGCCUCCCGGGGCCGAGGCCUGCCGCGCGCGGGGCGUCCGCGCAGACCCGACCCCGCGUCUCCCCGCAGCUCCGUGGAGGCCGCCGCCGUCGCCUCGGGAUGCCGGGGCCGGGGUCCGCGCAGCGCUGGGCGGCCGCCGCGGGCCGUUGGGGCUGCAGGCCGCUCGCGCUGCUGCUGCUGCUGCCGCUGCUGGUGCCGGGGCCCGGCGGCGCCUCGGAGAUCACCUUCGAGCUGCCGGACAACGCCAAGCAGUGCUUCUACGAGGACAUCACGCAGGGCACCAAGUGCACCCUCGAGUUCCAGGUGAUUACUGGCGGUCACUAUGAUGUAGACUGCCGAUUAGAAGAUCCCGAUGGUAAUGUGUUGUAUAAAGAGAUGAAGAAACAGUAUGAUAGCUUUACCUUCACAGCCUCCAAAAAUGGGACAUACAAAUUUUGUUUUAGCAAUGAAUUUUCUACUUUCACACACAAAACCGUGUAUUUUGAUUUUCAAGUUGGAGAAGACCCACCUUUGUUUCCUAGCGAGAACCGAGUCAGCGCUCUUACCCAGAUGGAAUCUGCCUGUGUCUCCAUUCACGAAGCUCUAAAGUCUGUCAUCGACUAUCAGACUCAUUUCCGUUUGAGAGAAGCUCAGGGCCGAAGCCGAGCAGAAGAUCUAAAUACCAGAGUGGCCUACUGGUCAGUAGGAGAAGCACUCAUUCUCCUGGUGGUUAGCAUAGGGCAGGUAUUUCUCCUGAAAAGCUUUUUCUCAGAUAAAAGAACCACCACAACUCGUGCGGGGCCCUCCUCCCGGCGGCCCGCGGGCGGUGGGCGUGGGCACGUGGUGGGCGGGGUCGGGGCGCCCGGCACAGUCUCGGGGAAGGCGCGGCGAGCGGUGUCCCGAGGGGAGAGGAAGACGCGGGAGCCGCGGGGCUGGGCGCGGGCCUGGGCGCGGGCCUCCGCGGUGCAGGCGAGUAAGCGGGCUCCCGGGCGGGAGCGGCGGCGGGGCUUGCGGCGGGCUUGCGGCGGGCUUGAGUCCGGCGGACCCUCUCCCUCCUCAGGGGGAGUCCGGGCAGCCUUCUGCUUUGCUCGUAGGUUUCCCUUUGACCAGAAAACCUGUUUCUGGGGAAAAACCACCUCCGAACAAAAAGCAGAUGAAAACUACGUCAUCUCCUUCCGAAGCGCAGUGUACCCCGAGUGCCCCUGUAGCGCCCAUUGUCCUGGAUGGAGUGCCAGUGCAGUAAUUGUCUACGUACUGUCUGCUCAUUCUGGCUUCACAUCCCUAAAACCCAGAGGUCUUGGUGCAGAGUUUAAAAAGUCUUCAGGUUUGAAAUACAGCCUAGACACUGAUAAAAGCCAAGUACACAUCUCCUGGCUGGACCUCCCCGCCAACCCCCCGAGACUCCUGUAUUCUUUGCCUACCCGGCAUCAACAAGUGUCGAGAAAGAAGGAGCGCUCUCCAUUUCUGACCGGGAGAUUUACGAUGGGUGUCAGGAAGUCGAAAAUAGAUCCCCGCCCACUCUCUGUCUCCUGGGGUCAAAGCCCCGGUGUGGAGGUGCGUCAGAGUCGUCCUGAGUCCGAUUCCAAGAGACCUGAAGACCUGUCCCUGCGUGCUCUGCCGGAGUCUGGCCCCACGACGCUGCGACCUGCAGGCCAGUGCGAGGCAGCGAUGGGCCUGGGAGAGACGACGCCAGGGGAGGAAGAGGAAGAGGAAGAGGUGUUCCUCAAGUUUGUGAUACUGCACGCAGAGGAUGACACAGACGAAGCCCUCAGGGUCCAGAGUCUGCUGCAGAAUGACUUUGGCAUCCGGCCCGGCAUCAUCUUUGCUGAGAUGCCGUGUGGCCGGCAGCACCUACAGAACCUGGAUGACGCGGUCAACGGGUCCGCGUGGACCAUCCUGCUGCUGACCGAGAACUUCCUGCGAGACACGUGGUGUAAGUUCCAGUUUUACACGUCGCUGAUGAACUCCGUUAACAGGCAGCACAAAUACAAUUCCGUCAUCCCCAUGCGGCCUCUCAACAAGCCCCUGCCCCGGGAGCGGACCCCCUUUGCCCUGCGAACCAUCAAUGCCCUGGAGGAAGACAGCCGGGGCUUCCCUACCCAGGUGGAAAGGAUCUUCCAGGAGUCUGUGUAUAAGAUCCAGCAGUCUGUGUGGAGAGAGGCCAGGAGUUCUGUCCAGAGGCACUUCGUCUCCUGAGAGGGAGCCCACCACCCACGGCUGCCUCACGGAGUGUGGCAGGGUUUGACAGAAGCCUGGGAGCAUGACAAAGAUUUGAUUGAUUCUGUAGCACACUGCAUAGACUGAGACUUUUUGAUGUCGUGUUAAACUUGAGAUUGUCCGGCUUUCGAGAACGUUCCUCUCCCAGUUUGCCUGGCCUGUGAAUUUUAGGCGGCGUAUCUGUAGUUCACAUUCCCUGCACCAGUCCUUGAACACAGACUUCUGAGAGACGUUUUAAAAAUACGACACUUUCAUUGGGUUCUCAGAGGACACGCAGGAGGAAAUGUCCCUGGAGGAUCUGACCUCCCUUCCUCUGGAGGCGCCUCUCAGAAAUGUCAUAGUAGAGCACAACUGGCAUUGUCCCCCCAGAAGCACAGAGGGCCAGCCGGGAACAUUUAGAAUGCUGAGCAAUGAUAACUGUGAAAUUAUGAGCAGAUGUGAGA